AUGAGCUCCUAUCUAAGCUUCCAGUGGCCACACCCCGAACACUCUAACUUCCUCUGCUACCACCGAUGUUUUGACAAAGAAAACACCAACAUCCUCAUCGCUCUGAAAGUUCCCUGGAUCCAAUGGCCCAACCAUCCUCUCGACGACGCAAACUCGCCCUGGCGCACAAUCCGCGACAAAUCACUUCAAGCAGUUCAGGAUUGGUUGUAUGUUUUCAAUGAAAAGGUAUCAGGUGAGGUACAACACAGUCACAUGCGAAUCGCGUGUAUGGUUCUCAUGCAUGGUCAGCUUCAUCUGACUGCUGAUAGUCUUGCAAAGGGCGAGGAGCAUAUGAAGCUGUUUUAUGGAUUUGCUGCAGAUGCGGUGGCAGAGCUGAUAGACAUGGAGAAUUCGAAGCUUGGGAAGAAACGUAUCAAGAUAAUUGGGAGUGGAAAGGAAGCGUAUCCUGUUAUGAGGAAGUCUAGGAACUAG